AUGUGAAUGGCAUUAUAUUACAUUAUCUGUGGUUAAUGACAUUUCUCUGUAGUAGCCUACUGUUUGUAUGUCCACAAGUCUUAAUUUAGCAAUGCAGAAUAUAUGUCAUCGUUCAUAGACAAAAUAUGGAUAUCAUAUGCAGAUGCAUUUCGAAUCACGUUGCAAGGACCAGGUUGUACUAGCGUACAGUGACCAGCUGGAGGAGUGGUAGACAUUUAUUUUGGCAUCCCUUUUAGUCUUGCGAUGGGUCUCGCUACAUGAAUGAAUGGAGAGUCGGUGUGUUUAGGACCAUGGGGGAAGGGUGUGUGUGUGAGCGUCCGCCGCAGCCCUGCCCAGCCUAUUCUUUCUCCUGACGUCCUUCCUUGAUGCGAGUGUCACACGCUGCUGGGGAUGAACAUUUUACAGCCACUGUACAGUUUUUAUGUUUGGGAACAUUGACAUACCCUGCCUCUUCGAAAAGGAUAUCGUUCACUGGUCUUUGUUGGGCCGGGAGUGCUCGAGAUACGCUUAAUAGUUUGGAUUUCGUAUCGUACCCGCUGUUGUUUAUUUAUUAAUAUAGUGUUUUCCUGGAAAUGUACACAGAUGACUCUUUGAAGGGGACACUGCGUCCGUGGGAGUGGUUUAUUUUCUCUGGACAACCCAGUCUCAUUGAAAAAAUGAGUCUGUUUUCCUCUGUUUGAUGCUGCGGUAGCUCGUUUUCUUCUUCUUCUUCUGUUCUGCUUUUGUUUUCUGUCUGUCUGUCUCGUGAUUUACAGUCGUUGACGGCUGAUUCGUAAGGAUUCAACAUACAUUUCUGCAAACCAGACGCUGUAUAUGGACAUGGUAUGAGGACAGUUGAGCGAGACGUUUUCGUCUAGCUAAGGACAAAAUGAUCUAUUGUUCCGGCUAGCCAAACUCCCACAGACAUGAGCAUCAUAUAGCCUUUUUUUUUUUUUUAAUCUUUGUUCUCGUCCCACCAGUAUUGCGCGAACCAUCCAGCAAACGUAACCGAAAAUGAGGAUUGUUUAAGGGAAACGCUGUACUGGUGGUCGGAGAGGGCAGCGAUAGCCUCGCGAUACGGGCUCGGCUGCUGACUGUGUCUCUGUGCUGAUUCAAUUAGCGACUGUCCGCGGAUCGCCGAAAUAAACCCAGGGCUGCGGAAGGCUGAAGCUCCGGAGACGAUGUCCUCACGCGCCGCGCUGCAGCCGGGGAACGACAGGAAUGCAGACCACCAUGCCUCGCUCUCAGCCAGUCGCUCAGAGAAGGGCUCGGGAUGGUCGAGUCGCUCACUCGGAGCCCGUUGCCGGAAUUCCAUCGCCUCCUGCUCGGACGAACAGCCUCACAUCGGCAACUAUCGGCUGCUCAAGACCAUCGGCAAAGGCAAUUUCGCCAAAGUGAAGUUGGCACGCCAUAUAUUGACCGGCAGGGAGGUUGCAAUAAAAAUCAUUGACAAAACCCAACUCAACCCUACAAGCCUACAGAAGCUCUUUCGAGAGGUACGGAUAAUGAAGGGUCUCAACCACCCAAACAUAGUUCAGCUCUUUGAAGUGAUUGAGACAGAGAAGACGCUUUACCUUGUGAUGGAAUACGCCAGUGGUGGUGAAGUGUUUGACUACCUCGUAUCCCACGGGAGAAUGAAGGAGAAGGAGGCGCGUGCUAAAUUCCGACAGAUCGUGUCUGCGGUUCAUUACUGUCAUCAGAAGAAUAUUGUUCACAGGGACCUGAAGGCGGAAAACCUCCUGCUUGAUGCAGAUUCCAACAUCAAGAUUGCUGACUUUGGCUUCAGUAAUGAAUUUACGCUGGGUAGUAAACUGGACACGUUCUGCGGCAGCCCCCCAUACGCCGCCCCAGAGCUCUUUCAGGGGAAGAAGUAUGAUGGGCCAGAGGUGGACAUCUGGAGUCUGGGGGUUAUACUGUACACACUGGUCAGCGGAUCACUGCCCUUUGAUGGACAAAACCUCAAGGAGCUGCGUGAGCGUGUGUUGAGGGGGAAAUACCGUGUGCCAUUCUACAUGUCUACUGACUGUGAGGGCAUCCUGCGCCGGUUCCUCGUGCUCAACCCCACCAAGCGCUGCACCCUGGAGCAAAUCAUGAAAGAUAAGUGGAUCAAUGUCGGGUACGAAAACGACGAGCUGAAGCCUCAUGUAGAGCCUGUGGAGGAUUAUACUGACAGCAGCCGUAUAGAUGUGAUGGUAGGAAUGGGUUACACCCGUGAUGAAAUCAAAGAUGCCCUGAGCACACAGAAGUACAAUGAGAUAUUUGCCACGUAUCUGCUGCUAGGCCGCAAGAAUGAGGAUGGCAUGGAGUCCCGGUCGACCAGCAGUCUGUCUCUUGUACGGGUGCGGCCCAGUCCCAUCACGAAUGGCACCAGCAAACACUCCUCCACCUCCUCCUCCAGCUCCACCUCUGCCUCCAGCCACACUAAACCCCAGCGCAGUGCCUCCACCUACCACCGCCAGAGGAGGCACAGCGACUUCUGUGGGCCAUCGGUGCCAGUAACCCAUCCCAAGCGAAGCCCCACCAGUACAGGAGAGGGGGAUCUAAAAGAGGAACGUCUGCCCUCGAGGAAGGCCAGCUGCAGUGUGGUGGGCAGUCGCAGCAUCCCCCCGUCGAGCCCCAUGGUCAGCACAGCCAACAACCCCAACAAAGCUGAGAUCCCUGACCGCCGCAAAGACAUCAAUGCAACAACGAACAACAUCCCUGCCAGUGCCAUGACCCGUAGAAACACUUAUGUGUGUACGGACCGUACGAGCACCGACAGACACUCCUUACUACAGAAUGGGAAAGAGAACAGCUCCUUGUCACAUCGAUUACCUCCAGCAUCCCCGUCCACCCACAGUAUCUCUGGGGCCGGGGCCUCCAGCUCUGCAUCUUCCGAGCGUUCUCGGUUGACGAGGGGCUCCACUAUCCGCAGCACGUUCCAUGGGGGCCAGCUCCGGGACCACCGGCCUCCCACCCAUGCACCCCCCACCUCACCCACCCUCUCCCAUGAAGCCAGCCCUCUGCCUCACUCCCGUAGCCGUGCAACCACAAACCUGUUCACUAAGCUGACCUCAAAACUUACCCGCAGGGUCAAUCUUGACCCCUCUAAGCGCCAGAGCUCAAACAAGUCAGUCUCGGGCUGCACUCUGCCACAGGGAUCAAAAACAGUUAACGAACCUGAGAGAGUCUGCAGAUCUCCGGUCACAAGUCGCUAUCUAUCUGGGUAUCAAAAAGCGACAGAGCCCCGGACCCCCCGAUGCGGCUGGGAUGUGAAGGUGCGGAGCCCGCGGGACCCGGCCGAGGUGGUUCUGGCUCUGCGGGAGGCGGCGCAGGGCUGCGGUUGCCAGGUCCACCAGGCCGGGCCCUUCCUCCUCUCCUGCACUCACGGAGCCGCCGGCUCCCGCGUUGCCUUUGAAGCAGAGGUGUGCCAGCUGCCCAACGGCCCCGCCGAGACAAGCGGUGUUCGAUUUAAGCGCCUGUGGGGGGCACCGCUUGCCUUUCGGGACAUCGCCACCAAAGUGUCCAAAGAACUCGAACUCUGAGGGCAAGAGGGGGUGGAGGGCAGGGACAAAAGCAUGGGACAGAAAGAUGGGAUGAGUAGACGUAGCCCCGCCCACACCCCCGCCCCCUCUAAGCCUACAAAGACUGGCACACAUACAUUGAAAACUGGGCACCUGCUCACACAAAAGCCCUGCUGAAGGAACUCCCUUUACCAGGCCUGUUUUACCGCUGAUUUGACCUGGUAUCUUAGCCAUGUUGUUUUAUAACACCCAUUUUUUGUCACGUGUUCACUCUAUACAUUGUCAUUCCUUUUUAACUGCUGCUAUUUAACUCAUUUUUUGAUUUCUAAUCUUCCGCUGUGCCAGUGAGAAGAGUAUGUUUAAUUUUAUCCUCGUUUAAAUAACCAUAUUCACAAAAAACACGUGUGAAAGCCACACCAUUUCGAACCGUAGACAACAUGCGGAAGUGCUAAAAGUGAUAGCGUUUUCUCCUCAUUUUUUAAUGAUCUUGUUGGUUGUCAAACUUGCUAGUGAUGCAGGUUGAGUAGGUGAUGUCUGCUUUCCUGAGCCUCCUUGUUUUUAGAUUUGUCAUAUUACAUGGUCACACCGUAGCACUUUAGGGUUGAGUGAGCAACAUCACCUGUUUAAAAGCAGUUCUCCCUUCAAAUGGUGCAAUUUAUCCUGUUGAGCCAAGUCGAGACACAAUGCUCUUUGCGUUGCUCUUGUAUGUGUUACGCUGAUGAGAAACCUCUGUUAUCUUGCCGGAAGUGCACUCUGCUGAAUGGCCACAAACAGACUGUUGACUUUGUUUAUCUCUGAUUUGACAUUGUAAGUCCUCGUCAAGAUUGGAAUAUGUCUGAGCUGUGCAAUGUGAGAAAAUGCAAGAAUGAUUAAUACAGCAUUUGUCUGAAAUCCA